ACUUUCAUACCUCAGUCUUUCCAGUCCUCUUCAUUGUUCCUUGGGUUGUUGUUAGAGCGACACUGGACGACACUCUCUGCUGGACAACCAACCCUAGGCAAGAUUUGUUCUGGAUCAUACGUGGGCCAAUCACAGCUUCCAUUCUGGUGAACUUCAUACUGUUCCUGAACAUUACACGUGUGUUGUUCGCCAAACUGUUCGCAUCGCAAACGCCACAAGCAAGGAAAUACCGGUACAGAAAGUGGUUCAAGUCGACGCUUGUCCUGGUGCCUCUGUUCGGUGCUCACUACGCAUUUCUGCUGGGCAUGUCACUGGCCGCCGCUGGGGACAUGCUCGAACUGGUGUGGCUGUACGUCGAUCAACUAUUCUCUUCUUUCCAGGGAUUCGUGGUGGCGUUGCUGUACUGCUUCCUGAACGGCGAGGUACAGACAGAGCUUCGCAAAUUGAUCCAGAGAUGGCGCUGUGACCAGCAAGGACCCGGCCGAAGCGACAAGCAGCUUCAGCAUCGUCACUCUCUCUUCACACAAUCUGUGACGUUCCUCAGCAGAGGUCGGAGUUCCAUCCAAUCACUGCACUCCAGUGAGCCUCCCAUCAGUACGCCACGCUGCGUCGUGGACAGGACCAAGAGCCCGUCUCCCAACCUUGUGGGCAGCGGACGACCGUUUGACGAGGAGGGAACGCCUGUGAGCCAGCGCAAUGGCGACAUGCCCUGGAGCACACCCGAGGACAACCUCCUUGAGAAGGAAACCUGCCUUUAAGCGAACAGGGACACGUUUCACGACCGCGGUGUUUAAUCGCCCGACAUGCGGCCGUCGAGUGACACUCGAUAUUGUCACGAAAACGAUGCUCCGUAGCAGCCAAAGUUUCAAAAUAAAAUUAUGCGUCACGCAAAUCACCUGCCAUUCUGGUCGCGAAGGGCUACGGGAUAUCGGCCCACAUUGCUGACCAAACUACAAACUUGGAGCCAUGCAUACCGCGUGCUCCGCCGAAGGUUUACUGCGUAAUUCCGUAAAGUGGUGCCCACGACCGAGCUUGCACGUUUACGGCCUCUCUUGUAAACCAAGAGUGGACGCAACUGCUGAGGUUCCCGCAACAUGAGCAGAAAAACUUCCUCGCUCACUACGUAGCUUACAUCUGUUUUUCUUUUCUUUCUAUAGCCUUCGUGAACAGGUAUUGUAUCCAAGAGCCGUAUGAGUAUGAAAUUAAUGUGUUUUCUUCAAGUCAACCACACGUCUGUCUUGACAAGAGUCCGUUUGGUGGGCAUGCAAGACCGCGUUUCGUGUUUUGUUUUCUCGUUCCGUAGUGCGUUCGAUGGUGUAUGCAAGCGAAUAUGCUCUGUGCCCUGCCUGUUGGCGGUAGAAGGAGUAACCUGUGACGGUAUAAGCAAACAUGUGCUUCUCGCAGCCAGUAUUUUCAUACAAUAGAUGUCAUCAAUAUUUGCGCCAUGGAUGCCGAGGGAAAUUAUUUCAACCUUGUAGUGCAGAAGAACGCCCGAGCUCAACUUUCUUCUGAAUACAAUAUGCACAUAACAAACUGCGAAUUCCAGAAAAUUUCAUUCACGGAUAUGGUUUUUCACAAACUCAAAAGCGUUGUAAAGCGGCACCUGAACGGUAGCGAAGCACUGAUAUAUCCUGUUCAAUCGUUGUGCAUUUUUGCUUCGAGUAGUCUUCGUAUUCUCCUGGGAAUCUCACGCCCAAUGUCAGUUAUUCCUGAACAAACAAAUAAAACACGCUUCUA